AUGUCGAGUGAGCUUCGAAGCAGUCAGCGUGAGUCAUGGCUCAAUGCGGGGCGGGGCCCGCGCUCUUGGGUCGACUACGGAGCAGUCUAUAAACGCGACUGGUUCAUCUUUAUAAUCGACAGUAUCAAUAUCCAAAUAAUGACAGAACAAAACAUCCUUGAUGUGCAAGGUCAACAGCCUGGCCUGUACAAGCUUUAUACCCAACUAUGCUGUGUCUUCCCAGUUGCCGAGACCUCAUCUCAGGAUGCCAUUAUCUCUACGCUGAGAAGUGGAAUGGACCGAUUGCGCGACAGCUUUCCAUGGCUGGCUGGCGAAGUCGUCAAUGAAGACGCAAGUGACGGGAAUACGGGUGUGUACCGUAUCACGCCGUCGGACAGUAUUCCACUUGUUGUCCAAGAUCUCCAAGACGACGCCUCCGCCCCGACAAUGGAAACCCUACGGAAAGCCGGCUAUCCAUGCUCAAUGCUGGAUGAGAAUAUCUUCGCACCAGGUCUUACUCUUAACCUGCCUACCAACUUUGGUCUUGCAGCCGAGUCCGCAUUUGUGUUUGCCAUUCAAGCGAAUUUUAUCGCCGGCGGCCUAGUUCUCACGUCCAUGUCACAACACAACGUCAUGGACAUGACGGGCCAGGCUCAAAUUCUUGAUUGGCUAUCAAAGGCAUGCUACAGCCUGCCUUUUACGGAGGAGGAGGUAUCUCUUGGCAACCCCGACCGGACCAGAGCCAUCUCCUUGUUGGAUGAGCCGUACGAACCAGGCCCCGAGCUGGCUCCCCAGAUGCUACCCCAGCUAGAGGAGCCUGCCGGUGACCUGGCUUCAUCGCAACUCCUCAAGUCAACCUGGGCAUAUUUAAAAUUUUCUGCCCUUUCACUAGAUGAGCUCAAGUCUUUGGCAACAUCGACCCUCCCAUACGGCUUUGUUUCCACCGAUGAUACUAUCUGUGCUUUCCUGUGGAAGUGCAUCUCCCGAGCCCGAAUCCCUCGCCUGCAACCCGGUGCAAAGUCCACUUUUGCACGUGCAGUUGAUGUCCGGCAGCAUGUGGGACUUCCUGCUACAUACCCCGGUAUGCUGCAGAAUAUGACAUACAGCACAAACACGCUGCAAGACUUGGGAGAUACGCCCUUAGGCACUACUGCUGCAGAACUUCGCGCUAAGCUUACGUCCAAGGACAGAGAUCUGGCGUACGCCACACGGUCUCUUCUUACUUAUAUUUCUCGCUCAAAAGACAAAACAAAGACGUCCCCUAUGGCGAGUGUGGAUAUGUCGAGCGGCAUUGCGCUCAGCUCAUGGUCGAAGAUCAAUGCUUAUGACCUUGACUUCAACUUGGGACUUGGCAAGCCCGAGGCAGUACGCCGACCGGGCUUUACUCCCGUGGAGGGUCUGUUGUACUUGAUGCCAAAAUCCCCGAAUGGGGAUUUAGCUGUUCAAGUCUGUCUUAGAGAUGAGGAUUGGGGGCGGUUAAGGAUAGACGAAGAGUUUAUGAAGUAUACAACGUAUCUUGGAUGA